CCUCGCGACUUGCUUGGUCUUAUUUAAGAUGGCAGCCUAGUGCUGAGAAGUAACGCGGUUAUUACAUGUCAACAUGUCACUCCUCAGAGUUUGUGCUUUUGCCAAAUGUCUGAAUCGUCGCAGUUUAUUUGAACAAUGUGCUAUUCGCCUGUCUCCUGCGGACCGCUGUCAGCUGUGUGUGUCGCUAAGAGACGGUGCAGUCAGACGAAUAUCAGAGACACCUUGGCAACUUCAAAGAAAAAAUAUUUCAUUUGUCCCAAAGAGAGAAGAUGCAAAGAAACGUGAACUCAAACAGUCUCAACUGUUACACGUUCUUGAGGCAAGGAUCCAACAACUCCAAUCUGACACCGUUUUAGAUGUCCAGCAUGCAAAAGUGCAUUUUCUUAAAGCGCCGUCUUCUGGAAGAGAACUUUUAUCUGGUAAAGGUCCCAAAAGCACACCCAAGGAAAAAACUGUCAUUCCUAAAUCAGGACAGACUGGUGCUAAAGAGGCUUCAAAAUCUCAGCUUAGCCGCUGGAAGGAGAAAUUAAAUCGGGAGAAAAAUAAAAAACUGGAGAAUGUAAAGUUGAAACCGACAGUCAAAUCUAAAGGAAGCAAAAGCAGCUCAUCGCUCCCCAGUACUACACAUAAAACUAUAUCUACCACUGCUAAAAAGCCAGAGCCCUUGAUCAAGAACAUUAAAGGGCACAAAAAAGUGUCUGAUCAGACUAGUGCUGGAGUUUCUUCAACAGUCACCUCCACUGCUGCUGCGGGGACAGCAACAAAGACACAGAAAGAAUCUAAAGGAAAACAGAAGGGAUCUAAAAAGCAUACUGUUGCUGAUGCUAAGGUUAGCUCUAAAGAACUGGUGGAGGUGAAAGAGAUGGAGAGGCUCAGUCAACAAGUAAGCCAAUGGACAUCUUCAAGUAACCCACAGGUCCUGCAGCGGGACAGUGAGAAGUCUGCAUGUGGGGACCUCAUCCAGAGCAUCUGCUCUUACUUGGAGGCGUGUGUGUUUGCUGAAGAUUUUGACAGGGCGCAGCGCUUCCUGAUCAGCCAGCACAGAAUCAGGAGAGGACGUAAAGUUAUGAAAACGGAUGUCUACAACAUCAUGAUGAGGUUGUGGGCCAAGAAGGGCAAUUUAAAUCAGAUUGGCCGCAUAUUUAUUCUGUUAGAAGAAGCUCAUCUGAAGCCAAACCUGGGAUCCUACUGUAGUGCCUUGGAGUGUAUGGGACGUAAACCUGACUGCCCUCCAAAAGUUAUCACAAGGUGCCUGACCCAGAUGGAGGAGGACGGCUUGUCUCUGGAUGAUGUGUUCAGAAAGUGUGUGUUUCGGCAAGAUGAAAGAGACAUGGUGCUAAAGGCCGUGCAAAUCGUCCAGCCCGACUACCAGCCCAGCCUCAACACAAACACUGGCCAGUGCUCCUCAUCGCUGGUUCAGGACUACUACACACAGCGGUCGGACCAUCAGUACCCUAAACUGGACUUUAGUCAUGAGGAGCUUCAUCAGCGUUUCAAACAACAGCUCACCAUCGAGCAGGACUGCAACAUCACCAUCGACUCUGUGGAGGCCGCCAAGCCCAUCACUGAGAAAAUGGCCAAAAUGAGGAAGCUGCUGGCGGAUCAGCGGGUCCUGUGGCAGAAGAGCCUCCUCCAGGCCCUGAGGGAGAGUAAGAGGAUCCUGGCUAACACCACCACUGUGACUUUUAAGCCUAACCUUUAUCCCUACCUCUGUGUGCUAGAGGAUAAAGAGUAUGUUGACAUCAUGAUACAGAGUAUUGACAACCUGCCUCCCAGCGGAGAGUCGCUGAAGGUUUUAGCCAAAUAUCUGGGCAGCAGGGUCAACACCAAGUACCAAGUGAGGCAGAAGCAACAAAAUCAGAUGGUGGAAAAAUUGAACAAUAUUUACAACACCUACACGGACCUGCUGGCAAAAGAUGGAAAGGAGUGUGGCGCCCUUCCCAGAGAGCAGUGGUGUAAGAUAGAGACGGAACAGAGUUCAGGACCCUCGCUGGAGGGAGGGGAGGCCGAUUUGCCGUACAUUGUAACCCUGGAACUGGGCAUUUACAUGUUGGAUCUGAUGGUCAAAAACCUCAAAAUUGAUAGUGACAUCCUGAAUCCCACUUUCAACAGGAAGCACAUACCCAUCAUCUACCACAUGUACACCUUUCGCAGCACACGACAGGUCGGCUUCAUCAAACCUCACCCCAUCCUGUCUCAGAUGCAGCAGGACGCCACGGAGACCAAGUUAACCUUUGACUCCUUUGUGAUGCCAAUGCUGUGCCCUCCUGUGCCUUGGACUUCUGUCAAGUUCGGAGCCUACCUGCUGACACCUAGCAAGCUGAUGCGCACAGGCGAAGGAGCCACGCAACACGAGGUGUUGUUGGAGGAAUGCAAGAACCUCCAUGCAGUCCUGGACUCUCUCAACCAGCUGGGCAACUGUGCAUGGAGGAUCAACAAGCCUUUAUUGGAUAUUAUUAUCUCCAUCUUUAAUGAUCGUGGUAGUGAUAAGCUAGACAUCCCUCCUCCUUUGUCAGAAGCCCCCAAAAUACCCCACUUCAACCCCCAAGAUCCCAGUUAUACGUCUUCUGAGAAGGCCCACAUGAAAAGGGAGGUGAGUAAUGCCAGGAAGAAGUGCAGUGAGAUGCACAGCCUGCGUAUGGACGCUCUGUAUAAACUCUCCAUCGCCAACCACAUGCGGGAUGAGAUCUUCUGGUUCCCACACAACAUGGACUUCCGUGGACGAACCUACCCCUGCCCCCCAUAUUUUAAUCACCUAGGAAGUGAUGUCACACGGGCUGUCCUUGUGUUUGCAGAGGGGAAGCCACUAGGUCCAAAGGGACUGGACUGGAUAAAGAUCCACUUAGUCAAUCUGACAGGACUGAAGAAGAGGAGCUCACUGGAGGGACGGCUGGAGUACGCUAACACCAUCAUGGAAGACAUCCUGGACUCUGCCGACAACCCUCUCACUGGUAAGAAGUGGUGGAUGAAUGCAGAUGAGCCCUGGCAGGCUCUGGGCUGCUGCAUGGAGAUAGCCAACGCCGUGAGAUCUCCUGACCCGACACGGUUCAUCUCUCAUUUUCCUGUUCACCAGGACGGUUCCUGUAAUGGUCUCCAGCACUACGCUGCUCUGGGCAGGGAUGUGAUUGGUGCCACCUCAGUCAACCUCACGCCCUGUGAGGUGCCUCAGGAUGUGUACAGUGGAGUCGCACAGCAGGUGGAGGAGUUUAGAGUGCGGGAUGAACAGAACGGGGUGAAAAUCGCCCAGGUCCUGGAGGGCGUCAUCAGCAGGAAGGUGGUCAAGCAGACGGUGAUGACUGUGGUGUACGGGGUAACGCGCUUCGGGGGCCGCCUGCAGAUAGAGAAAAGACUGAAGGAGAUUGAUGAAUUCCCCAAGGAGCAUGUUUGGGAAGCGUCUCAUUACCUGGUGCGUCUGGUGUUCAGCAGCUUGAAGGAGAUGUUCACAGGGACCAGAGAGAUCCAGGAUUGGCUGACCGAGAGUGCCAGGCUCAUCUCCAAGGCUGGCCACACCGUGGAGUGGGUGACACCCCUGGGUUUACCCGUCAUUCAGCCUUACCACCGCACACGCGUCCAAGUGUUGAAGAGUACCAUCCAACAUGUCUACCUCCAGAUCAACCAUGACAUCAAGCAGAGGCCGGACACAGUAAAACAGAAGAAUGCCUUCCCGCCAAACUUCAUCCACUCUCUGGACUCCACACACAUGAUGCUGACUGCGCUCCACUGCUACAGCGCUGGCCUGGCGUUCGUCUCAGUUCACGACUGUUUUUGGACCCACGCCAUCACUGUGGACACCAUGAACAGGAUCUGUCGGGAACAGUUUGUCGCCCUGCACAGCCAGCCAAUCCUGCAGGAGCUGUCCAACUACCUGGUACAGAAAUACUGCACCGGGAUCCCGGCUGAGGCCAAGAAGAAGAAGUACCAGGAGUACAUGAAGCUGAUGAUGCUGCUGGCCAAAGUGCCCCAGACAGGUGACUUCGAUCUGCAGCGGGUGAAAGAAUCAACGUAUUUCUUCAGCUGAGAGACUCAUGAGGGCGAGCCAGCGGAGGGAGAUGAGUGGAAUUGACAGAGUGCUGCAGGGAGGCUGACGGCCCCCGGGUCUCGACCGGCUUUGUCUCCCUCAGACAUCAGGACAUUGAUCCAGCGGCGCCCUGCCUGCCUCCUCGUCCACAGCUAGACGGGAGCUGCUGGAGGCGUUAACACACAGUGAACCUGCCUGAUUAACUGACUAGUGGGCUGAUGGAUGGAUGGAUGGAUGGAUGGAUGGAUGGGAUAGGAUAGGAUACUCAUCCAGGCAAAAUGAUGAGAGAAUCAGCAGCAGAUGGGAAUGUAAAGACUUCAAUCAGUGAAAUGACCUGUUAGUAUGGAUGCUUAUACCGUAUUCAGGUAAAUGUGUGUGUGUGUGUGUGUGUAUAAGCCAUACUGACCUCAUCACUAUGCAACUAUUCUGCUGCUCUAUAAACUUUUCCCCUGUAAACUUCAAUUGCCAGUCGUGUGUGUGUGUGUGUGUGUGUGUGUGUCCGUGUCCUGCUGUGAGGACCUCAGCAGAGCGUUGACUUGCUUUGGACUAUCCCACCUCUUCAUCGAUCCCAUCACAGGAUGCCUUCUGAAGAACAUUUUCUGAAAGUUUGAAGAAGAGGCGUUUAAUGAGGAAAUGAAAGACAAACUGAACUGGGGGAUACAGGACCCUUGCAGGAAUCUUGAGGAACAAGUCAAAUGGUGUUUUGGUAGCAUUGUGUCACAUGAAGCUCUUGAUUCUUACCUAUUAGGAGUGACUAAGCAACUGACAAUUGCUCUAAAAUAAAGGCCUUUCUUAAAAUGUCUGCUUAUUAAUUCAGCGGUUUCGAAGAAAUGGCUGGUAUUCUUACUGUGCUUAAAUGGAUGAAUGAGAGCCUGUUUUUUUUAGUUCUAUCUGCAUAUUUCAAGUCCUUUGUGUAUUGUGAGAUGAAGGCCUCCUUUUAGAUGCACCACAAAGGGUUUGCAGGCUUCACUAAUCAACUCAGAUCUUAUUUUUCUGGGCCAGUGCCACAUCUAGAAGUAAAAAUAGCAGAAGUGCUAUCUGAUCAUUGCUGGGAACGAUACAGCAGUUUCAGACAAAAGGGGCCGUUGAUGUUCAAAGGCAAAUGUAGACUGUGGCCAAACAAAGCUGGCUGAGUGACAAUGUAAUGAAAUGGAAAUAAUCUUCAAGGGGGCAUAAAUAGUGUGCUGAUCAGACUGUAGGUUUUUGGGAUGAUUUGCAUAGUCACAUGCACAAAGAGAUGCUCCUCAUUUUUUUCACAUGACUUCCUGUUUCUACAGACUUGGUUUUACACUGAAAUACUCUUUAAAAUGUGUUUUUCCGUCAGGGCGGCCAUUGGUAUUGCAGGCACAUUCACGUUUAUUAGGUUCAAUUUUAAUGAAAGGUUUGGGUGUUUUUCACCUGAUUAGAUUUAAAUUAUACAGACAGAUUUCCUUUCAUGUUCACAGACAUUUCAAAUGGAAGUAGACCUUUAUUGGCACCCGAAAAUAAAGACAUUUGUUGUGGUUAAGUUAGUUUAAGGUUGAUGUAUGACAGACGUCCACUCUCUUCAGCAGUCAGAGGAUUGUUCAGUAUUUUGUUACUAGGCUAAACAAGGAGGACACACCUCUUUCUUAGGUUAGUAAAUCGAAUAUUUGUUUUAUAUAGCUUUCCUUGUUUGACCCAAUGACUCUAAAUAAAUGCAUCCUUGUAUUACUAAAUUGGAAAAAUAGGACACCACAUUUUUAUCGUAUUUUAGUGGGUUUUUUCUACAAGAUAUUGAUACUGUUAUCAUGUGACCUAAUGACUGACCAAAUCAAUGCAGAAUAUUUUAACUUCACUCACUGGACAAUUAGGACACACAUCUUUUAAUAGGAUUUUAGUGUCUUUUUCCUAUUUAAUAUAAAUAUUGUUUUGAAAAUGUAGCCGUCUCUUUCUCAUAACAUCAGAAAUCAAAGACGGUUUUCCACAUAAGACAACACUCACCACAGUAAAUAUUACACAGUUUGGGAAAUAUCGUCUUUCUUUCUUGCAGAGAGUUAGAUGAGAAAUCACGACCCUCACAUGCUAAAUAUGAUGCUAGAAUUUAGCCUAUUUUUCGGCGCUCCAACAAAAAGUUUACAUCACACUACAAAGAGUACAUUUCCCUUUUGGUUAAACUGUGCUUUUCUAAACUCAGCUGAUGUGUCCUUCACACUGAACUUACCAUCAAACUAAGCCAAGGUAUCCUUCCAGGCGGCGUCGCAGCGUGUCUCCUCUCCCUGACCUCUGUGGGGUCCGUUGUCAAGGACAGAGCUCUUUAAAGUGCUCUCACUUACUGUACUUCACACGUACUGAGCAACAUCUCACAGCUUAGCCCCUGACACCGGGCUGGGAGAAGAAAUGUAGGCCAAUGUCACUUUUUAAUAUCAUACCAUAAUAUGAUUUUCUUAUGACAAAUUAUACCAUG